AUGUCAAGCCCCAGAACUCAGCCAAGCUGUCCCGUGGAGUUCACUGCAGGAGGCUGGGCCUGCCCGCUGGCACAUCAUCUCUGGACAGCCAUCAGCAAGGCAGUGUUUGCGGAAUUCCUGGCUACGGGGCUCUAUGUUUUCUUCGGUGUGGGCUCUGCCAUGCCCUGGCCUUCUGCGCCUCCCUCUGUGCUGCAGAUCGCUAUCACCUUCAACUUAGUCACAGCUAUGGCCGUACAGGUCACCUGGAAGGCCAGUGGGGCCCACGUCAACCCUGCUGUGACUCUGGCCUUCCUCGUGGGCUCCCAGAUAUCCCUGCCCCGGGCUGUGGUCUACAUAACUGCUCAGCUGGCAGGGGCCACAGCAGGAGCUGCACUACUCUAUGGGGUCACACCAGGGGAUAUCCGAGAAACCCUUGGGGUCAAUGUGGUGCGCAGCAACGUGUCGAAUGGCCAGGCAGUGGCUGUGGAGUUGGUGUUGACCCUACAGUUGGUCCUCUGUGUCUUCGCAUCCACCGACAGCCGCCAUUCCUCAGGCUCCCCGGCCAUCAUGAUUGGAAUCUCCGUGGCACUGGGCCACCUCAUUGGGAUCUACUUCACUGGCUGCUCCAUGAACCCAGCCCGCUCCUUUGGCCCUGCUGCCAUUGUUGGGAAGUUCACUUUUCACUGGAUCUUCUGGGUGGGACCACUGUCUGGUGCCAUCCUGGCCUCGCUAAUCUACAACUUUAUACUGUUCCCCAACACCAAAACCCUGGCCCAAAGACUGGCCAUCUUCACGGGUACCGCAGAAGCAAAACAAGCAGGAGGGGUGGAACCCCAGAAAAAAGAUCCCCCAACUACUUCAGAAGACACUGAGAUGGAGAAUGUAUGUCAAAUGAUAUAG